AUGUCAGGGGGUUGGGCAGAAAAGCUAACAAGCGCUUCUGAUUCGAAAGUGUCUAAAGUCUCAAGCGUCGCAAGCAAACCAUCGACAGCACUGCCAUCGACGUCUGCAGCAACCAAAUCUAAAAAACCUCAUCCUGGCAGUGAUGAUCCAUUACAGCCGAAUACGUUCAAUGGUAAAGAAAUACUACACUACUUGAGUACGUCAUACAACACCCAUCUACAAAAUGCAAAAGCCGACAAGGAGGGCGAAAAUACCAAGGUUUACCGGUCGUUGGAAUCAUCGUCGCAGUGGAAGACGAAACCAUCCUCCUCCACCAAAAUCGCAGCUUCGUCUGCAAGCACCCCCGGUCCUAAUUCCAAAUCUAAAUACAACUCCAAAAAUGUCAUCCGGAACCAACGGGAUAGUACUGGCAAAACCAAUGGCAAUAUAGACCUAUUAUUUGAAUUAAAUAGAUCUAUAUACCAACAGCAGCAGCAUCAACUGGCCCAUAAAAAGUAG